UCGCAUCCCCUAGUGAGGCUGCUGAGGUUGCUUUUUCGGGGGCUCGCGAGCGUCCGCUACCCCCUCCUCAGAGGCCUGGGGCUGGCAGCCUCUGUCACGGCUCCGGUGCCGGCUCGGCGCUGCGCAGCGCGUCGGUGCCACCGUCAUGGAUCUAAAUUUAAAUCGAGCGGAUUAUUUACAGGUGGGAGUGACCUCUCAGAAGACUAUGAAGCUACUUCCUGCCUCAAGGCAUAAAGCUACACAAAAGGUCGUUAUUGGAGAUCAUGAUGGGGUAGUUAUGUGCUUUGGCAUGAAAAAAGGAGAAGCAGUGGCAGUGUUCAAGACAUUACCAGGGCAGAAGAUUGCAAGAUUGGAACUAGGAGGGGUUCUUAACACACCCCAGGAGAAAAUUUUUAUUGCUGCAGGAUCUGAGAUUAGAGGCUUCACAAAGAGAGGAAAACAGUUCCUCUCUUUUGAAACCAACCUCACUGAAAGCAUAAAAGCUAUGUAUAUAUCUGGCUCAGACCUCUUUCUCAGUGCAAGUUACAUCUAUAACCAUUAUUGUGAUUGCAAAGACCAACAUUAUUACCUUUCUGGGGACAAAAUCAAUGACGUCAUCUGCCUUCCAGUGGAAAGAUUACCUCGUAUUACACCGAUAUUGGCCUGCCAGGACAGAGUGCUCAGAGUUUUACAGGGGUCUGAUGUGAUGUAUGAAACUGAAGUGCCUGGCCCACCUACUGUCUUAGCACUACAUAACGGAAAUGGCGGAGACUCUGGAGAAGAACUUUUGUUUGGAACAUCAGAUGGAAAACUUGGGCUUAUUCAGAUCACUACCUCCAAACCAAUACACAAGUGGGAAAUUCAAAAUGAGAAAAAGCGGGGAGGUAUUUUGUGUGUUGAUAGCUUUGACAUUGUGGGUGAUGGGGUUAAAGAUUUACUUGUUGGGAGAGAUGAUGGAAUGGUGGAAGUAUACAGUUUUGACAAUGCAAAUGAGCCUGUUCUACGUUUUGAUCAGAUGUUGUCUGAAAGUGUCACAUCUAUCCAGGGUGGUUGUAUAGGGAAAGAUGGCUAUGAUGAAAUUGUGGUAUCCACAUAUUCAGGCUGGGUUACAGGUCUGACAACAGAGCCUAUACAUAAGGAAAGUGGACCAGGAGAGGAACUAAAAAUUAAUCAGGAGAUGCAGAAUAAAAUUUCUUCUUUAAGGAGUGAGCUGGAACAUCUGCAGUAUAAGGUACUACAGGAAAGAGAAAAAUAUCAACAGUCUUCUCAAUCAAGCAAGGGAAAAUCAGCAGUACCUUCAUUUAGUGUAAAUGACAAGUUUACAUUAAAUAAAGAUGAUGCCAGCUAUAGUCUCAUCUUAGAGGUGCAGACAGCAAUAGAUAACGUCUUAAUACAGAGUGAUGUUCCAAUAGACUUACUUGAUGUGGAUAAAAAUUCUGCUGUUGUCAGCUUUAGCAGCUGUGAUUCUGAGUCAAAUGACAACUUUCUUCUCGCCACUUAUCGGUGCCAGGCAAAUACCACAAGGCUGGAACUCAAGAUUCGUUCAAUUGAAGGCCAAUAUGGCACACUUCAAGCAUAUGUGACUCCAAGGAUUCAACCUAAAACCUGUCAGGUCCACCAGUACCUUAUCAAACCGCUUUCACUCCAUCAAAGAACUCACUUUAUUGAUCAUGACAGACCUAUGAAUACACUGACUUUAACGGGCCAGUUCAGUUUUGCUGAAGUUCACUCCUGGGUGGUUUUUUGCCUACCUGAAGUUCCUGAAAAACCUCCAGCAGGAGAAUGUGUGACAUUUUACUUUCAGAACACCUUCCUGGAUACCCAACUUGAAAGUACCUACAGAAAAGGAGAAGGAAUUUUUAAAUCUGACAACAUUUCUACUAUAUCCAUCCUCAAAGAUGUGCUGUCUAAAGAAGCUACCAAAAGGAAAAUUAACCUCAACAUAUCAUACGAGAUAAAUGAAGUAUCAGUCAAACACACUUUAAAGCUAAUCCACCCAAAGCUGGAGUACCAAUUGCUUUUGGCUAAGAAAGUGCAAUUAAUUGAUGCUUUAAAAGAAUUGCAGGUUCACGAGGGAAAUACAGACUUUCUGAUACCAGAAUAUCGCUGUAUUCUAGAAGAAGCAGAUCACCUACAGGAAGAAUACAAAAAGCAACCUGCACAUCUUGAAAGACUGUACGGCAUGAUCACUGAUCUUUUCAUAGAUAAGUUCAAGUUCAAAGGCACCAAUGUAAAAACCAGAGUGCCUCUUUUACUGGAGAUUCUGGACAGUUACGACCAAAAUGCAUUGAUUGCUUUCUUUGAUGCUGCAUGAAAUGUACACAAGGUAAAGUUCCAAAGAAGUUGUCUUUUUAAACGAAAUAUUUUAAAACAGAAUUGUGGCACAAGCUAACUGUACUUACUUGUAUUUCAAAUGCUUUUUAAUAUAAUCUAAAAACAUUUAAGAUGUGACUUCCUUUACUAAUGCUUCUAUUUUGAGAAAUGGAACUUUUUAAAAAUAAAGAGAAUUUUUAUUUUGGAACAAGUAGAAUGAUUAUAAGGAAUUUCAAUGAACUUUUUGCAAGUGGAUAUUUUAACUUUUAAAUGAGAAAUAUUUGGAAAAUAAAUUCAAAUAUUUAACAAGCUACACGCACAUAUAAGCUGCUUUACAGUUUUCAAAGUGUAUUUACAUAUAGUACUUCAUCUGAGCUUCACAAUAUAUAUUUAUUGUUAUUUUGUCAAGUCGUAUAAGAAAACUGAUUCUCUGUGAGGUUAAGUGAUGAAGAGGACAUGCUGUUGUUAUUUUGUAAAGCUGGGACCAGAUUCCAAGUUCUGGUGCCUGGUUUGUGUCCUGGUUACUAUAUAAGGACCAGUUAUAUAUUGUUAACCAGUAAGAAUAACUUACUAAUUAUUUUUUCUAGGAGUUGAGAUUGAUUUGCAACUGAUUUUUUUUUAAGAUUUUGUUUAUUUAUUCAUGAGACACACACACACACACACACACACACACACACACACGCACACGCAGAGGCAGAGGCAGAGGCAGAGGCAGAGGCAGAGGCAGAGAGAAGCAGGCUCCAUGCAGGGAGCCUGAUGUGCGACUGGAUCCCUGGUCUCCAGGGUCACACCCUGGGCCAGAAGGCAGCGCUAAACCACUGAACCACCUAGGGAUCCCCCAAUUUACAACUGAUUUCACUCUUGCUAGGUAAUGUUUUGUGACCCGUGCUCAGUUUGUGAGCUUGAGUAUGCUCAGUGCUAUAAAUUUUGGCCAGGGAAAUGAGCAGAGCUGCACAGAUUGAAGGGAUCUUCACUUGCUCUCCUGUAACCAGUGGAACUGUACAAGGGUACUACAUGUGAAUAGUGCAGAAAUAGUGAUGGCCUCUUAGAUUUUCCUGCACUAGUGUCCACUGACUUGUUUUAUCAUGUAGAGAGGGAAAUAAGACUUUUAAAGCUACAGAAGUUUUAUUCACUAAUGUUAAUUCAUGUUUCUUCAUACUCAGGAGAAUAUUGUGUUUGAAGAUUGUUUUAAAAUGGCGUAAAGAUUAUAUAAUCAUGUUUUCAAGAAGGGCACCCUCAUGAAUUUGUCAGAAAACAAUGUCUCUUAAUUCUUUACCAUUAUAUUAAUAUAUGCAAGCCUUGUUUAUUAAAUCUGAAAACUUGUUAAAGGCACAUAUCACUGAGAGUUUUAUUUUAAAAGGUCAUGUUUUUAUUAUAUUCAAACAGCCUUCAUCGCUAAAUGGAACAAAAUUCU